AUGCCCAUUCUCCUGCCGAAGCUCGAUCAGACCUUUGUAGACUUAUACAACAGGAACUUUGCGCGUAUUCCGCCGCGAACACCCGUUUUGACCUCGUUACGUCGAGUUUACAGCACUCAAUAUGCCUUUGCGACAGGACCGUCUCCUGAAUGCGCGGAAGAGUACGAUGUGGAAGCAGAUGCUUGGAGACGAUAUCCAGGCAAGAUCUUGCUCCGUAUAUAUGUUCCGCGUGGCACUCCGCCAAGCACAGGCUGGCCGGUCCAUCUCGACUUUCAUGGCGGUGGCUGGGGUCUAGGUGAUUUACAGACAGAAGCUCACAUUCUCAGACAUGUCUGCACCGAGGCUUCCGUGGUGGUGAUUGACGUCGAAUAUCGCCUCAUCCCGGAGUUGCCUUUCCCAACUGCUAUCUACGACUGCUUCGAAGUCCUCAAGCUAGUCCAUGAUUCUCCCGAUUUCACGUCCAGGCAUGGGAUCGACGCUCGAAGCAUCUCAAUAGGCGGCUUAAGUGCCGGCGCCAACAUAGCUCUUAUCCUCGGUCAUCUUGCCCGAGAUCACGAUCCUAGUAUACCGCUCAGGGCGACGAUCACUGGCACACCUGUUCUGUCCGACAUCUCCGGACUUGACGAUCCUAAAGCGAGCCCAUUUGCAAGCAUGUCAGAAAUGGCCCUCGCACCGACCCUGAACUGGACAAGGUUAAAAUGGUUCGACAAUCUCAAGACAUCGUCGCUUGCCGCCUCAGGAACUCCGCAACGCCAGCAACAAGAAGAAGACAUUUCAUGGUUUCGUGAUGCCUUCACAGCGCCAGACUACCGACAUCUUACCGGCUUGACCUUCGUUGGCACUGCAGGGUGCGAUCCUCUUCGAGACGAGGGUGAAGCAUAUGGCAAGCUGCUGCUGGAAAACGACAAUUGCGUCAUCAUCAAGCGCUACGAUGGUGUUCCGCAUCCUUUUCAACACAUGGAUGCUGUCCUACCACAGGCUAAGGAGUUCAUCGAGGACUGCUGCCGCUACAUCAAGCAGGCGCACUAUGGAGAUACAACCAACUAG